AAACUGUCCUAUACAAAGGAAGCGAUGGGUGGCGCCUGCACAGACUGGUCAUGUGGUACUGGGACUCCAACUCCAGCAUCAGCUACUGAUGUUACCACACUGAGAGAUGCAGCUGCCAACGUUCCUCCCCCGCACGGGGUCUCUGUUGAGAGUCCUUCAGGCACUACUGUCCAUGAGAUCCAAGAUGCAGACACUGCUAUCAAUAAUGAGAUAAAGAAGGAGGAUGAGCAGCUAUUGAAACCUGUAACCGAGCAGAUCAUUGAGUUCAGCAUUACCAUUGCUGGAGAGAAGUACAGUGAGGAGUUGAGCGACCCAACCUCCACAAAACAUCAGCAGCUCUCAGAACAAUUCAUUGCACAGAUCCAAAAGGCAUUUGAAGGAUUACCUGGAUACAAAAGUGUUCAUGUGUUGGAAUACAGCUCUCCCGAGGAGGAAAGUGGGGUGAAAGUCCACUAUGCUGUUACAUUUGAUGGAAAAGCCAUCAGCAAUGCCACCUGGGACCUCAUUAACCUUCAUUCCAACAAAGUGGAGGACAAUUCCUUUAUGGACAUAGAAGAUAAUCCAACAGUUGUUUACACCAUCAGUGAUUUCCAAGAUUAUAUUGCUGAAAUCCUCCAGAAAAAUGCCUUGCUGGAAAAUGCAUCCUUGACCUUGGAACCUAGCUCUCUCCAACUUAUUAAUAUGAAAGAGAUCAUACAGCCUGCAGCAGAAGACCCAUCCUGGAUCACUGAGCAUCCUGUUGUGCAAGAGCGCCCAGAGUUUGAUGAUAACUCUUUUGUGGCUGAAUGGCCUUCAGCAGAUGAAUCAACUGCCAGCAAUACCUUGCCCUUCGACUUCACCAAGCCAGAUUUCACUUUAGGUAACGAGCAGUCCAAUGACAAUGAAAUCCGGCCAAAACCUGAAAAUCUGGACUCCGAGAUCAGUCUGCCACCUGAAGCUCCACACUCCCCAGAGGCUGACAUCACUUCUUUGCCUGAUGGGCUAGAUUUGGAAGAAGGGAAUCAGACUCCUCUUUUGGUCACCCCAUCAGGAUUAGGACACAAUUCUGCAGAUUCUCUGGAAUGGCUUUCAGUCCCAGAUCCUUCAGAUGGAUUUGAAGAUACUGGACUAUCUGAAGACUUUCUUCUGCCUUCAAGUGUCCCUUCUCCUGUUGUGCCAAAGAAACCUUCAUCCACAGACGAUGAGAUAGUUCCUCCGCUAUCUGCACCAACAAUGGCCUCUUCAUCAGUCACACAGACUGAUACAAAAGGAAUAGCAUCUCCUGAGAAGGAAGCAGUAGCUAAGGGUAGUGCUGCAGAGAAUGAUAGUGCAGACUCCGUGUCAUACGAGUCUGUGACAGAAAUUUCUUUUCCCUUAGAAGUAGACCCUAUGGAAAGUGAAACUGAUAUAUACUUUGGAGAUGGAGAUAGAAUUAUAAAUGAUGAUGGAUCUGGUUCAGCUUUUGAUGGUUCAGGAAAAGAAAUGGAAUCGAAUACUUGGCCCUGGGGAGUAGCAACACUGGAACCCGUUUUCUACCCUGGUCCUGAUAGCUGGCUUGAUGAUGACAAUGAGUCUCUGUUAAUCAGCACUGAGGAUAUUCCUGAAGGUCUGAUCUUAGAUUAUAUUCUUAACUCUAGGAAGAAAUUAGAUGAUGAUCCUUCUGUAGAUGAGGAUGAAGGUAUGACUGAUACCAAUGUAAGAGAAGACUUCUCGGAUGAGUCUGAAGUAUUUGUUUUUCCAGAGACUUCAACUCCGCCUAUACCUCUGUUACAGACAGAAGCCCCAUCCUCGGUGGAAUCAUCUACACAGAUGGGAAUGUAUGAUUCCCCUUUUGUUAAACCAUCCUUUGUUUUGGAGUCUUCAGUGGAUUAUUCCUCUGUAAGCUUGCCAGCUGGAGAGGCCUCUCUCCCACCUCAGGAUACAGAUAUGUCUGUAGAAGAAAAUCUUCUUGUAUCUACGGAGACAGUCAGUGUGGAACAACCUGAAGAGUUCAGUGUAGAUCAAAACAUCAUUUCUGAAGUGGUUGAACACCAAAAUGAGGACAGAACAAUGUUAGAAGAAUUAGCCACAGCAGGGCAGCUGGAUGUAGCUGAAGCUGUUACAAUAGGCCACUUGGACACAAGCUCUUCAGAAACUAUUCUGACUGUAGAUCCUUUCACAGUAAAUACUGAUACUUCUACAAAAGAGGAGCAAAUCUUGACAGAUCAGGAAGCUACUGGAUCAUUGAUGAAGAAACCAGACGACAUCUGGCCUACGGACAGUGCGCUGGAGAAGACUUUAGAUCACAAAGUGCAAUCAGCAAUGCCAACUCUACUUCAGGUUUCAACUGUAGUUCCUUCUGUAAUAGAUCAGACCACUGUUUUUGAGGAUUUCACUGCACAUGGUAAUAUGGACCUUGACAUGCAUGUUUCUGAUAGUACUAGCACUGUUAUGAACUCAUUUGCCACAGUGAGAGUAACAACAGAUACUGUUGAGCUUUCAUCUCAUUUCCCUCCUAUGGGAUCUACGGUAUCAUCGUCUAUGGCUACCUCAUCAAAUCUGGAAGAUGAAAUGACAACAGUCUUGGGUAUCUCAGUGGAGCUAGAUCAUGUGAGCACUAUCUACUCCUCUCCUAAGCUGACUGAGGACAGAAGGGGCAUGACUGAGAGUCACGUGGAGCUAACAACAAAUGUCCAGGCCACAGAAAUGGCCAGCGUGGCUUGGCCCACUCAUGAAAAUCACAAUAGUACUCCUGUUCCAUCACGAGCUCUAGUGGUGUUCUUCAGUCUUCGGGUUACCAACAUGAUGUUUUCAGAGGACUUGUUUAAUAAAAAUUCUCCUGAAUAUAAAGCGUUAGAGCAACGUUUUUUGGAACUGCUGGUUCCCUACCUUCAGUCAAAUCUAACAGGCUUCCAGAAUCUGGAAAUCCUGAACUUCAGAAAUGGCAGCAUUGUAGUGAACAGCCGAAUGAAAUUUGCCAAGCCCGUGCCUCGGAACGUCACCAAUGCUGUGUACAUGAUCCUGGAAGACUUCUGCAACACGGCCUAUCAUACCAUGAACCUGGCCAUCGAUAAGUACUCCCUGGAUGUGGAAUCGGGUACGGAGGCAUAG